CUAAUUCCAUUCACCAGGUCAGUGCAGAUCAGUUGAAUACAUACGCUGUUCAGUGCACGCAAGUUUUCUAGUCGUGCUGAGAAACCACGUGCUUUCUACCUGCCUUGAGUUUGUUUCAAAGUAACAUUCAUGUCCAGCAUGUGUUGCUAAGUCUGACUGCUAGGGUUGCAGCAUCACGUCACUGAAUCUUGAAAUACCAUAAAUUACAUCCAAUUUACUCUUGGCGAAAGGGUCUAGGCUUUUUAAUUUGUAUGACAACAAAGGAUUGUUCCCUACUAUGACGAUCUUCAGGGCUCCUGAUCGCUGACUCCAUUUGUUGCAUUGCUCAUCUUUUCAUUUCCAAAAGGGUCCAUUUCGAUAGCUAUAUGAUAACAUCAAACUAUCCCGCUGCCUUCACUUUUCUAGAUCUCAUCAUUUCUGUCUGGUUAGACCCACAUAAUGUGACAGACAAAUCGGGACCACAAGUCCCUCCUCCAAUACGAAGUUUGCAUCAACGAAUUUCAGUUCCAAUCGAAAUCGCUCCCCUCUCUCUCCCUUUCCCGUGCGAGCCAGACUAUUGUAAACUUGAAACACAAACAGAAAUCGCUGGAGUCACUCAGCAGAUCUGGCGGCAUUUGCAGACAGAGAAGCAGAUUCCGCGAUUCUUUGUUUUACUUAAUUAUAAACUUCAGCAUCCUGUUAAUCUCGAUAUCAAUUUCAGAGCCCACAAGAAUAAUUUUCCCAUUACGCCCGAAUGUUGGGAAGCCACAGCAGCAGAACAGGCAGCUAUGGGCUCACAGGCCUGGGCUUGUCUUCUUCAUCUUCAUUUUGUUUUCCUUCUUCUUUCUCGAACUUACCUGAUAAAGAGAGUUCUUUGGCAAGAGGUGGCUUCAAUGGGCUCGGGAGCAGCGGCAGCGGUGGCACCGGCAGCAUCUUCAGAGACAGUGCAGCUACCGAGUCGGUCAGUCAGCCUGUGAAGCCUGCAGCUGGAAUGGAAAGGCCUGGCGUGGACUGGGAAGCCCAGAGUGGGACACUCUCAGCAGCAUGGCGUGGGUUGGGAAGGCCUGGAACGGCACUCUGGCGGCAGCAUGGAGAAGGAAAAGUUGGACUCUCUUUAAAUUAUCUUUCUUUAAAAUUUCAUUCCAAGUUAAUGUGAAUGGGGUCUAUGCACGGUGGCAGUACACACUUUUCACUGCAUUUUAUG